AUGCUGGGACUCAGUAAAAUUAUGUUGCUCAUCUGCCUGGUGGCAGCACUCAACUGUGCGACCAUUGGCUAUGAUGCUAGCAUGAUGUCUUCCCUCAACAUCUUGUCUGAGUUCCAGAGGCAAUUCGAAAUUGAUACACAACUCAAAGGUCUCUUGACGGCAAUUCAAAAUCUCGGUUCCAUUGUUGCAGGUUUCUUCGUUGGCAGCCUUGUCGACAAGUAUGGUCGAAAAGGCGGUAUCCUGAUCGCCUCCCUGAUCGUUCUCAUAUCUUGUGUCUUGCACUCUACCGCGACCACCAAAGCCCAACUCUUCGUCGCCCGAAUCCUCAUUGGCGUUGCAAAGUCUGUGGAUAUCGCUGCCGUACCGACCUACCUCGUCGAACUGGCCCCACCAACACGUCGUGGUUUAAUCGCUGGUCUUUACUGGGCAUGUUGGCUUCUUGGUGCCAUUUUAUCCUCGGCGGUUGGUUAUGGAGCAAGAAGCAUAUCUGGACAAUGGUCGUGGAGGCUUAUCUGUAUUUGCAUGGCCGGCCCUGCUUUGUCGUGCAUCAUAUCCCUUUUCUUCAUUCCCGAGUCCCCCCGAUGGUUACUCUCACGUGGCCGGGACCGCGAAGCACUUACCAUUCUCGCCAAGUUCCAUGGCAAGGGUGAUGAGUCUAAUCCUCUGGUCGUUGCCCAGUUCCGAGAGAUCAGAGAGUCCAUCACCUUUGAGCAGGAGAACAGAUUUGAGUCCUACUUUGCAUGGUGGAAGGCAUUCGUUUCAGUCAAGGCAAAUCUCUAUCGGGCUUUUAUACUUAUAUCGUUGGGCAUUUUCGAACAAACAAUUGGUUCAAGCAUCAUUACCUUUUACCUCAGCAACGUGCUGGACCUGGCCGGAAUCACUUCAGAGCAGGAGCAAUUUGCUAUCAAUGUCAGCCAGAACUGCGUCGCAUUCGUCUCGGCGCUUGUCGGCCUUUGCUUCAUUGACAGAGUCGGCCGUAUUCCCAUGUUGGUUGCCGGCACAACUCUUUGUGCACUGGUUCUUGCGACCACGGCCGGCCUGACAGCUGCAGAGACAGAUAAUGCGCAAGGCAGGAAUGGGAUCAUUGCAAUGGUCUUUCUUUUCCAAAUCGGCUACUCUUCCACUUGGACUCCUCUGUCAUUCUCGUACUGCGCAGAAAUUCUCAAUUUCACCAUUCGAGCCAAAGGCAUGGCCUUCUACAGCAUAUUUACUUCUUCUGCGGGCUUCUUCAACCAAUAUGUCAUCCCCAUUGGAUUCUACAUUGUGGGUGUCGUUUGGAAUCUAUUUGUUGCCACCGUCAUCUUCUUUACAUAUCUCGAGACCAAAGAUCUCACCUUGGAGCAGAUUGACCAACGCUUUAAUGGAGUGCCUCGUGACCAGCUCGUCGAGAUUACUGAGGUAUACAAUGGGACCAAGCCCAUUUCUGACGGUGAAAUAAUCAGAGAUCCAACUUCCAAAGAACUAGUUACCAAAGUGUAG